AUGGUGAAGCUUCUACUCCAAAAAGGUGCAGAUCUGAACCAAAAAAACGAUAAAAAAAUCACUGCCCUCAUGAUAGCCGCAAAGACGUUGCACACGAAUGUUUUGGAGCUGCUACUAAAACAAGACGCUGAAGUCAACGCGGCCACGGUGAAUGGAUGGACGCCGUUGAUGUACGCCGCACAGCACAACCGCCAGGACAACAUGAAGCUGUUGCUGAGUUACAACGCAGAUCCUGAUUUCGCCACCAGGGAGAACUGGACGGCCUUGUGCAUGGCCGCGAGAAAUGGAUCGAUUGAAAUUGCGAGGCACCUAUUGGACAAAAAGGCCAACAUCAACCAUCAAAACGCCAACGGGUGGACCCCAUUGAUGUUGGCGUCACAGGAGAUAGACCAUAGGACCGCAAAGCUAUUGGUGGAGAGAAGUGCUGAUUUGAACCGAC